GAAAAUAGUAUCUCUCCCUACCCGCCAGCGUCCGCGGUGCUCUCGCCUCCUUUCCCGGCUGAGCGCGCUCCAGCGUUGCGGGAGGCGGCGCGCGGGGCGCGGGUCCGGAAGCGGGCGCGCAGCGGUCCGGGGCGCCGCACCAUGCUGCCGAGCGCCGUGGCGGCCCAUGCCGGCGCCUACUGGGACGUGGUGGCUUCCUCCGCGCUGCUGAACUUCCCCGCCGCGCCGGGCUUCGGCAACCUGGGCAAGAGUUUCCUGAUCGAGAACUUGCUGCGGGCUGGGGGCGCCCCGCCGCACAGGCUACCACCGCCCCCGCCCCACGGCCCGGCAGCAGCUCUCGCCGCGGGCGCUCAGGUCCGGCCCCUGCCCGCCAGCCCGGUUCCGCUCAAGCUGUGCCCCGCGGCAGAACCAGUCAGCCCCAGCGGGGCGCUCUACGGCACGCGGUGGGCGUUUCAAGUGCUCAGCCCCUCGGCGGACGGCGCCAGGCUGCCGAGCCGGGCUCCGGCGGACCGAGACUGUGCCUUCCAGCCAUCAACCCCAGCGCCUUCCAAGCCUUUUUUUCUGAGCGCCCCGCCAUUCUACUCGUCGUGCUGCGGUGGGUCCUGUCGGCGCCCUGCCUCCCCCACUGCUUUUCCAAGAGAAGAGAGUGUGCUGCCUCUUCUGACACAGGAAUCUAAUUCCAAAGCUCGGAGGGGUAUUUUAAGAAGAGCUGUCUUUUCUGAGGACCAGAGAAAGGCUCUGGAGAAAAUGUUUCAGAAGCAGAAAUAUAUCAGCAAAACAGACCGAAAGAAACUUGCCGUCAACUUGGGACUAAAGGAAUCACAGGUGAAAAUCUGGUUUCAGAACAGAAGGAUGAAAUGGCGGAAUUCCAAAGAAAAGGAAGUGCUUUCCAACAGGUGUAUCCAAGAAGUAGUCCUUCAAGAGGACCCCCUCUCAAGAUCUGCUCUGGGUUUCCCUUCUCCAUGUCCUUCACUCUGGGAAAUCUCCCAACAGCACUCGAGUCCAAGGUGGAGGGAGAAUUCACCAGAACCAUCAGAGAGACUAAUCCUGGAGAGUCCAGGGGCAUUGGCCCCAGAAGCAAAGUCACUGCAAGGUGCCUUAUAAUUGUGUUCUGAAGAGGAUGCCAGAGACAAGGGUGUACUUACUGGCUCAGUGUGAAUGGAAGCAUUCUGCCACGUUAACGUAAAGAACAGUUAACUAUUAACGUUUGGACUCUUAAGCCUGCUAGCUUGUGUCUCAUCAGUGCCUAAAACCUAACACCUUUGGAGUGAAGCAUGGACUAAUGUUUUAGGAAACCUCUCCAGUGUUCUCUUAUUUGGGUCCUAGACUCAGACUUAAUUUGUAAGUGGAACAGAAUCUCCCAGAAAGUACGAUGGAACUGAAAAGAACGAGAAUAAUGGUCAGCUCAGUCCUUACUCUGAAUACGUGUAUAUAUGCAUGUGUCUCUAUGUGUAUAUAUAUAAAUAUUCAUUAAAAUACAUUAGUAGAAA